GCGCCAGGCUCUGGCUAUAAAACCCCCCCAGGAUGAGGCCGGAGUUCUGCCCUGAGCUGGACGGGACCUCCUCCUUCUGUGCCGGGACGCUGUCAGGACAGGCAGCAGACGAGCCUCCACCAUGAACGACAUCUACAAGGCAGCGGUCGAACAGCUGACAGACGAACAGAAAAAUGAGUUCAAGGCUGCCUUUGACAUCUUCGUGCAAGAUGCAGAAGAUGGCUGCAUCAGCACCAAGGAGCUGGGGAAGGUGAUGAGGAUGCUUGGGCAGAACCCCACACCCGAGGAGCUGCAGGAGAUGAUUGACGAGGUGGAUGAGGAUGGAAGCGGCACGGUGGACUUUGAUGAGUUCUUGGUCAUGAUGGUGAGAUGCAUGAAAGAUGACAGCAAAGGGAAGUCAGAAGAGGAACUGGCAGAGCUGUUUCGGAUGUUUGACAAAAACACUGAUGGUUACAUCGACCUGGAUGAGCUGAAAACGAUGUUGGAAUCCACGGGAGAGCCAAUCACCGAGGACGACAUCGAAGAACUGAUGAAAGACGGAGACAAGAACAAUGACGGCAGAAUCGACUAUGAUGAAUUCUUGGAGUUCAUGAAAGGAGUAGAGUAACCGUGAACAAGAGAUGAUCCGGACUGUUAUUUAUAUGUCUCUGUCACUUCACAGCAAUCUGUGGAAGAAAAAGGGGGGAAGCUGGGUUGAAUGCAGCUGAUGGAAACUAUGGAACAACUUUUCAGAAUUUAGUUUUAUAUUCUUUCUGAACAUUUCUGUAUUUUUCUAUCAUCUCUUGACUCUUGCAUGUUGUAAAUAAAGGUUGUGACAAACUUUCA